GAGCGCCGCUCGCGGGCAGGAGGCCGGGGCCGCGGUGGCCUGCGCGGCCUGCCCUUUGUGCCCGCGGCCCGGGUCGCCGCGCCGGGCGCCGGGGAUGCGCCGGGGAUGCGCGUGCGUGGGCUCCGCGGUUCCUGCCGGCCGGGCGCGGGGCGAUGGAGCUGAGCAUGAAGAAGUUCACGGUGCGCAGGUUCUUCUCCGUGUACCUGCGCAGGAAGUCGCGCUCCAAGAGCGCCAGCCUCAGCCGGCUGGAGGAGGAAGGGCUGGUGAAGGAGAUUGACAUCAGCCACCAUGUGAAGGAGGGCUUUGAGAAGGCCGAGCCGUCCCAGUUUGAGCUGCUGAAAGUGCUGGGACAGGGCUCCUACGGGAAGGUGUUCCUGGUGCGGAAGGUCAAGGGCUCCGAUGCUGGGCAGCUGUAUGCCAUGAAGGUGCUCAGAAAGGCCACCCUCAAGGUUCGGGACCGAGUGCGGUCGAAGAUGGAGAGAGACAUCCUGGCUGAAGUGAACCACCCCUUCAUUGUCAAGCUGCACUAUGCCUUUCAGACAGAAGGAAAGCUCUACCUGAUCCUGGACUUCCUGCGGGGAGGCGACCUCUUCACUAGGCUAUCCAAAGAGGUAAUGUUCACAGAGGAGGACGUCAAGUUCUACCUGGCUGAACUGGCCCUGGCUUUGGACCACCUCCAUGGCCUGGGCAUCAUCUACAGAGACCUGAAGCCUGAGAACAUCCUCCUGGACGAAGAGGGACACAUCAAGAUCACAGACUUCGGCUUGAGCAAGGAGGCCAUAGACCACGACAAGAGGGCCUACUCGUUCUGUGGGACCAUCGAGUACAUGGCGCCCGAGGUGGUGAACCGGGGGGGACACACACAAAGCGCAGACUGGUGGUCCUUCGGCGUGCUCAUGUUCGAGAUGCUCACGGGGUCGCUGCCAUUCCAGGGGAAGGACCGCAAGGAGACCAUGGCGUUGAUCCUGAAGGCCAAGCUGGGCAUGCCACAGUUCCUCAGCAUGGAGGCCCAGAGCCUACUGCGGGCGCUCUUCAAACGGAACCCUUGCAACAGGCUGGGCGCUGGCGUGGACGGUGUGGAGGAGAUGAAGCGACACCCAUUCUUUGUGACCAUAGACUGGAACAAGCUGUACCGGAAGGAGAUCAAACCGCCAUUCAAACCUGCAGUGGGCAGGCCUGAAGACACCUUCCACUUUGACCCCGAGUUCACGGCGCGGACGCCCACAGACUCUCCCGGUGUGCCCCCGAGUGCCAAUGCUCACCACCUAUUCAGAGGAUUCAGCUUUGUGGCCUCAAGCCUGGCCCAGGAGCCCUCGCAACAGGAGUUGCUCAAGGUCCCCGUGCACCCGAUCGUGCAGCAGUUGCACGGGAAUAACGUCCACUUCACCGAUGGCUACGAGGUCAAGGAGGACAUCGGGGUGGGGUCCUACUCGGUGUGCAAGCGCUGUGUACACAAGGCCACAGACGCCGAGUACGCGGUGAAGAUCAUUGACAAGAGCAAAAGGGACCCGUCGGAGGAGAUAGAGAUCCUGCUGAGGUACGGCCAGCACCCCAACAUCAUCACCCUGAAGGACGUCUACGACGACGGCAAGUUCGUAUACCUGGUGACAGAGCUGAUGCGCGGUGGGGAGCUGCUGGACCGCAUCCUGAGGCAGCGCUGCUUCUCGGAGCGUGAGGCCAGCAGUGUGCUGUGCACCGUUACCAAGACCAUGGACUACCUGCACUCCCAGGGGGUGGUACACCGAGACCUGAAACCCAGCAACAUCCUAUACGUGGACGAGUCUGGGAACCCUGAGUCCAUCCGCAUCUGUGACUUUGGCUUCGCCAAGCAGCUGCGGGCCGAGAACGGGCUGCUCAUGACGCCCUGCUACACCGCAAACUUUGUGGCCCCUGAGGUCCUGAAGCGGCAAGGUUACGAUGCUGCGUGUGACGUCUGGAGUCUGGGAAUCCUGCUCUACACCAUGCUGGCGGGGUUCACCCCCUUUGCGAACGGCCCAGAGGACACCCCUGAAGAGAUCCUGGCGCGCAUCGGCAGUGGGCAGUAUGCCCUGUCCGGGGGAAACUGGGACUCUGUGUCCGAGGCAGCCAAGGAUGUCGUGUCCAAGAUGCUGCACGUGGACCCGCAGCAGCGCCUGACGGCUGUGCAGGUACUCAAACACCCCUGGAUUGUCAACAGGGAGUUCCUGUCCCAAAAGCAGCUCAGCAGACAAGACGUGCACCUCGUGAAGGGUGCCAUGGCCGCCACCUUCUCCGCUCUCCACAGAGCUCCACAGACCCCAAGGCUCGAGCCUGUGCUGUCGUCCAGCCUGGCCCAGCGCCGGGGCAUGAAGAGACUCACGUCCACGCGGUUGUAGUGGCCACUCAGCACUCUAUGCCGAACCUUGGGUCCUGCCCUUGGGCGCCUACAGUGACCGCAAGGCCAGCCUGGGGGUGGCGCCAGCCUCUUCUGCGGGACCCUGACCCGAGCCUCCACUGUGCCAACCACACCGCCCGCUCUCCUCCUGCAGCCCCGAGCAAAACCCAGCAAACACAGUCUCCACAGCCGGUAGCUUCUCUCAGAGCCUCCAGCCACUCCUGUGUCAGGGAGGAAGCCAGAACGCUCUGGGACCCACGAGGCGGGCCAGCGUGGAGAGAAGUGCGGUCGUCCAGGGGCUCGUGGCAGCAGAUGCGAGCUGAGCAGGGGCGGCCUCCGGGAGGGAGCCAGGGAGUCCGUGGCCACCUAGUCCUGCCUGUUCCUGUGGAGGCCUGGAGUGCCCCGCCCCUGACACCCCUCAACCCGCUGCCUGCAGCACCUCAGGGACUGUGGCCUCCCGCAGCAGCCAUGCACGCUGCCGAAGCUGAGCUCAUGCACAUGUGUGGGUGCCAUGAGUGUGUUGUGUGCCGUGAGUGUGUUGUGGUACAUGUUGGCUAUGUAUAUGUUGUGUGUACGCAUGUAUGUGGUGUGUGCAUGUGCACCUGUAGGCGGCGUGUGAGUGCGGACCCUGGCCGUGCAGCGAGCUCAAGUCCUGCCAGCUAUGCCCUGCGGCCGUGGGGCAGCCCUGCCUCCUGAGAACACGUGUAUUUAUUUCCUUGGUUCUUUCCCUCACCUAUGCUCACUCAAGUACCUCACGCAGAAAACAAGCACGGAACUCCUUGCCCGGCCUUCCUGCACACAGGCCUCGAAGCACAGGCCCGUCCUGCGCAGGGCUUGUCUCCCUGGAGCACCAGGACUCGUGGCCAAGGUUGGCACACGCUCCUCCCACGGCCAGUCCAGGUCUGUCAGAGGCGUGGGCCUGGACCUGGGUGUGUUCAUGCAUGUGUCUACUUGUAUGUGUGUGAGUACAUGCUUGUGUGCUGGCUUCCGGCCGGCACGUCCUGAUGGAGAGAGACAAGCAAAGGGACACACAGCUGAGGAAGUGGCCACGUCCAGUCCCCUCCGCACCAGCCGCCACCCCAGCCACCCCUUCUGGGUCACAAACUGGCAGAGGGACCGAGUCACCAUCCCCCACACCUCAUCGCGUGUAUUGCUGGGUCUGGCACAACCUACCAAACACCCCUCGCUUCCACCUCACCGAACACUGACGCCUGUGAGGCGUCCACGCAGCCCUGGCCUGAAGACGUGAGGGCGGGGUUUCCAACCCUGGC